AUGCAAUCGCUUUUGCCUUUUGUGGUCAGCAAGGAAGUGGUAGAGCUCGUACGUUGCAUCGUGUACUGGUUUCCAGGCGAGUCUUGUGGGGACCUGAGUUGGAAACCUGCUCCGCUGCCGAGCGGAGUGCGAGUUCUCAAUUCAUCAGAGUUCUCAAAGUUUCUCAGCGAGAAAGCAGCUGCAAUGCUACAAGGUUGGAGCUUGCUGGCGGUACAUCUGGAACCAAGCUUUACUUGGGCCGCAUUUGUUUCAUUGUGCUUUUCUCAGCUUGUGAAGCUGGGUGCAGAUGCUUCAUUCCAGAAAUGGACAACUGAGAAGGUGAGUGGAGGGGCGAUGUGGCUGGCGUUGCGCGUGCUUCUUCUGGUCGGAGAUGAAACACUGGUGCUCCGCACAGAGUUGCAGAUGCACAUUCAUGGAGUUUUGAUGGAUCAAUCGAUAGAUGCGAUGCAUUUCGAUGCCCAUCCGACCGCCGUGUCUGCCAGCCUCUCCCUUGCUGGCUUUCGCGGAGCAGGUCAGUAUAGCAGCACCUUGAUCAGCUGCGAACUGACAGCUUGUCUUGUGAAUGCGCUCGCCGGAGGAGAGGGGGAGCUAACCGUGGCUGGCAAGGAAAUUGUUUUGCUUUGGGGCUACGGCGCACCCCGCUCUUGUGGCAAGCGCGGAUGCUCGCUUGAUUCCCUGCGAGACACUUUGAAAUUUUCUGGUUGCACAGAGGCGUUAAUGCAAGAUAUGCAAGAAUCUGCGAGACUUUGCUGGCUCUGUGAGAAGAUGGAACGAGCUGAACUUCAGCUUCAUCCGCCUUCUUGCGACUGGGUGUGCCAGCACAUCACUGUCCAGAGGCGGGACAGCAGCCAGGACAGCAGGUGGUUAACGAAUGGCAGCCAGGUGCUAACAUGCUUCAUCAUCCUGCUAUUUGUGGCCUACUGCGCAGCUGGCCUGGCUGCGCUCGAGCCUCGCCGAAGCCUUCCCGGGCAUCUUGUGCAGUGGCUUUGCACUGGCUGGGGUGCCAGAGAAGCGCUGCUUCAGGGCCCUUUGAAGAUCCUGGGUGGUUUGCUCAUGCUUCCCUUUGCUGCCUCCGUCAUUGCCGCACAGAUUUGGUUACGGACGAUCUCCUUCAUUGUAUGGUUGGCUGUCGCUUGUCCAUGCUGCCGUCUACAGAGAGCAGACAAUGUGUUCGAUGCUUUUGAGAGGGAGCUGGCCAUACCCCUUCUUCAAUGCUCGUUUCUGGCAUUUUCGUGUACAUUGGCAGGACUUGCCUUAGAGGGGGAGCUCUCGAGCUUUCAGCGCAUGUCUGUUGGCAUUGCAGCAACUUACUAUACCGUCAUGCUGCUCAUCUGGACAGCACCGGCGGUUCUGCAAGCCAAGGCAGGACGUGUCCAGGUGAAUUGA